GGCAGACUUUGGAGCCUGGCCCAGGCUUGUGGCGUCAUUCUGAGGGGCGGUGCCAUGAGAUCAGCGCCGGGGCGGUGCCUCACGGCGGCACGUGACGAGCGCUCCUGGGCGGAGUGGGCACAUUCCUUUAGGGGAAUUCGUUCCUUCAAGCAGGCUGGCAUGUCUGAAGAGAACCUACUGACUCCUAAAGCACAGAGUUCCCAGCAUUGGUCCCCACUGUUCCCAAAGAACAGGGCUUUGUGGACAGAGUAGCAAUGGCCUCAGCAGAAGCAUUUGGUGGCGUGAGGUCAAGAACACGUGAUUAAGUGAGCAACAUCCCUGAAAACAUCCUUACGUGAAAUUCAGAACGAAUCUCCCUGGGCUCUUUGUCCCCUGGCCGUGGUCACUGGUAAGAGUGAAACACCGGGUCAGUUCUGGGAAGGGAAUUCUUGGAGUCAGCGCUGGCCUGGCGCUUUACACGUUUAUUCCUACAUACACCGUCUCCGUGGCGCCCUUGUGCGGGAGGUUUUAUUUUCCACUUAGCAGGCAGGGAAUCUGAGACUCAGAAGUUAGGUCAUCUGCAUGCGGUCACACAGCAGCUGAAAAAGCCACGGGGCCACCUGCAUACACCUGAAGUGCAGAGGUGAUCCGCUGCCCAGCACCAGCUCUUCUACAGGGAUUGAACCCUGAGCUGGGCUCAAGCUGAGCGCCGUGUAUGUGCAAUGGAUGCAGAAGGGACAGACACUUUGUGUGAAGCUGUGAAAGGGCGGAACGGGAAAAUGAGUGCACUGCAACAGGAAGUGAUUUCUCUCCAGAACAGGGUACUCACCACCCCAAAAACCGAGGACAUAGUACUCUGGAGUGGCCUCCAUGAGGCCAUGUUCACCCCGGCGACUCCCUCAGAGCAGCUGGAGAAUUCUGAGCUACGGCGGGUUUCAGAGGAGCUCACAGCCGCCGACCUCUCCCAGGCCACCCAGUAUCUUGAAGAUUUUGGUCAUGUCCAAGUCUUGGAGGCUGCCCAUCACCCCGAGCUCCUGGAGACGGUCUGGCGUCACCAGGUCCCGGGGCAUCUGGAGGAGGAGGAGGAGGAGCCUGCCCAAAGUGCCACUCACGGCCCCGGGGGCCAGGGCAGCCUGAGCCUGGGCCUGGGUUUAGGCCCGUGCUGGGGCUGGAGCCCGAGCCUGCGGCUGCUCCGGCGCCUGUGCCAGAGCCGGGGCCUGAGGUGGGGCCCAGUCCAGCAGCUGGGGUCAUGCCAGCUCCUUGGCCUGGGUUUGGACCUGGGCCUGCCCCAGGCCUGGAGCCCACACUGCCAGGAUUCUGGCCUGAGGUGUCAGGAGGCUGGGCUGCUCCUAGAGGCUUGCCUGGGGCUCCAGCUUGGCCCUUCAGGAGCUUCGGCCACACCCAGCUUGGCCCAGGCCCAUCAGACCCCUGCCUGCCCAGACCCAGGGCCUCAGAUCCCCACCACCAGCCUCAGAGCCCGGCUCGCAUGGCCUCCUCCACUGCACUCACAGUCUCACCAGGCAGAGAUGAACCGACUCCUGUCUGUCUCGGAAAAUGAAGAAUAUCUCUCCCGCCACAUGACGGCCCCUGAGGAUAGGGCCUCUGAGGCCGAGGCCCCCCAGGAAGCACUCCCUAAGCACUCCCGGCCUGCCGUCCAGCGGUUGGAAACCACUGCUACCGUUGCGGCUGCUACUGCAGCCACCUAUGCAGCUGCUGCCCACUCGGCAGCCCCGGCAGCCGAGGACACUGCCAGGGUGAUCCAGGAUGCCCCUGCUACCAAAUCGGCUGCCGUUGCGACGACCGUGGCCACAUCUGGGCCCUUAGGGGUGUUUGCAGACGUCCUGCACAUGGGCCCUUCCCGUGGGGCCGCAGCCUCUGUGGACUUCACUGGCAACACCGAAACGGAAGACUUGCCGGAGGUGGAUGUUGACGUACCCUCUCUGUACACUGCUAACUUCCCUCCCGAUGUGGCCCUGUCCCAGGCCAUACUGGCCACUGAACAGGCUGUGACUCCCGAAGACAGGAAGGCAGCUGUCAGGUAUGCAAUGAGCCAUAUAGCCCAGAUGCCUGUUAGACACAACUACCUGCAAGAAGAGUUUGCCCAGCUGUCAUCCAACCUGCAGCAGCGCUUGUCCUAUCUAGCUAAUAUGGGCACCCCUUCCAAGCUUGGGACGGCAGUGGACAUAUUUCAGGAAAAGACUGUCACCCUCCAGCAAUCCAGGAUGAAGGAGGAGGAACUGGAGAGGAUUGGGGGCCACCGAAUCGGGAUGAUGAAGGAUCACUACAUGGUGCUGGGGAGGGCAGUGGAGCUGCAGGCUCACCUGGAUGAGCUAAAGGUUGUCCGUGCUCAGGUGAAAAACCUAGAAAUGCACAAGGUGGACAGAAGCGUGAUGGAGCAGGAGCUGAAAGAGAAGCCUGACAGGAGUGCCCUGGCAGGCAAAGCAAGCAGGGCUGACCUGGAGGCAGUGGCAGUGGAGCUGAGCAAGAUGAUGCAGGGCCUGCUCUUCAGGGCUGGGACCCGUGAGGAUGGCUGGAAGAAGGCUGAGGAGCGUCAGCCCUAUUCAGUGCGACCAGGGAGCACACACAGGCGUGAAUACCAAGAGGUGCAAGAACUCGGAAAGACGUGGAUGAGGCACCUUACCACCAUCCGCAAGGCCCACCUGCUGUCGAGGCUGCAGCCAGCCAGCGCCCACAGCUAUGAGUACCUACAACAGCAGCAGGUAAGGGAACAGCAGCAGCUGCAGGUCCAGGACCUCGGCCACCAGGAGGGGAGCCGGGACUCGCCGAGCCCCCAGGGGGAUGAGGGUGACAGCCCUGGAAGCGACCUCAAGUUCAAGUCAUACAACUUGUCAACACUCUACCCACACGGGGAUCCCAAAUGGUUGGAUUAUGACACUGUGAGUCUGGCAGCAGCCCGGGCAGUGGGUGUGGAUGGGAUCCUGUACAAGGGCCGAAUGACCAACCAGGACAUGGCGUGGCCUGUGACCAGUGUGGAGAAGGAGCUGGCAAGACCCCUGUGGCUGCCUCGGGCCACCCAGACACUCCAGGGCCGCCUCCCCCGGUCGAGAUCCUUCACCUGGCCACAGCCGUCUGAAGGUUCCGCACCCCCCACUCGAAGCCUGUAUGACCGGGAGCACCCGAGCGCCUGUUUGGCAUCAUCUACCCCUCGGGGCUUCCUGGCCCGGGAGCUGUCCCCGGGGGCCCAGCCUGGUGUCUCCGCCAGGCUUGGGGCUUCUCCUCUCCCUGGGACGGGUGACCCUGUCAGGCCAGCCUCUCCCCAGAAUGUCCUUGGUGCCCUCCCAGCCCUGCACCCCCGUGCCAGCAUCUGCUCAGCCACCUCGAGAGCCCCCACCAUGAUGCCAGCUCGGCCUCCGUCUCUGUCACCCCUGCCACUAGUGCCACCACUGAUGCCCUCUGUGCAAGAUCCCCAGCAGGCCCCCAGGGCCCCAAGGCAGCCACGGCCUCUGCAUGAGUCCUGAGCCAGCACACAGCCCGCCGAGGAGCCCACCAGCCCGGGAGCCAUGAGCCCUGCGUCCGUCCCGUCACUCGCCAUCUCUGGCUGCCCCUUCACUCCCGCACCUGCCAAGCCCUGGCCCUCAGCCUGGCCUGGGGAAGCUGCAGGGGCCCUGGGCCUGGGGGACGGGUCUCUAGGAGGGACUCAUUUUGACCCAAUGGCUGUUUAUAAUAUACAUAUAAAUACAACACACCCUUCUUAUUCUUUCUUUCAUGGAGAACACAGCCUAUAGAUUGAAUUUCCACUAAGCCAAUUUAAUUCCUUGACCAAUUUGCAGUACAACAAUUCAGGUGGUUUUAAAAACAAUCACUGAACUUUUUAUUUUGCUGAAGUGAUUUCAUCAG